CACUUCUGGCUGUCCUUUUGGAGAGAAUUGCCAUUUCUUGCAUUAUGUUCCCGGAGGAUACAAUGCUGUAUCGCAGUUGACAAAUAUGGGACCACCCAUGUCUCAAGCUCCCAGAAACAUGGGUGGUGGAGGGCGAUUCUCAGGGAGAGGAGAUUCUGGGCCUGGCCAUGUCUCUAGCUUUGGUGCCUCAGCAACAGCCAAAAUCAGUGUUGAUGCCUCUUUAGCCGGUGCAAUCAUUGGAAAAGGUGGAGUCAGUUCAAAGCAGAUAUGUCGUCAGACGGGGGCAAAGUUAUCAAUUCAAGAUCAUGAGAGAGAUCCGAACCUGAAGAACAUUGAGCUUGAAGGAUCAUUUGAGCAGAUAAACGAAGCGAGUGCAAUGGUAAGAGAGUUGAUUGGGAGGCUUAAUUCAGCAGCUAAGAAACCACCUGGUGGUGGAGGUGGCGGUGGCGG